AUGAGCCAUAUUGCCACCGCCGACAUGCCUCUAACCGACGUCGCUUCCUUUGUGCAACACCUCCAGUCAUCCAAACGCAUUGUUGCUCUGUUAGGGGCUGGUCUCUCUGCCUCCAGUGGCCUGCCUACCUUCCGCGGUGCUGGAGGACUAUGGCGCACCUACGAUGCCACCAUGCUAGCCACCCCUGAGGCUUUUCAACAGGACCCGGGGCUAUCCUGGCAGUUUUAUUCUUACCGCCGUCACAUGGCUCUCAAUGCCAAACCAAACCGAGCGCACCUGGCCCUGGCAGAGUUGGCUCGGCGGAACCCCAACUUCAUCACUCUCAGCCAGAACGUCGACGGUCUCAGCCCCCGCGCCGGUCAUCCUGCUGCCCAACUCAAACUACUCCAUGGUAAUCUGUUUGACGUCAAAUGUUGGGACGAAGAUGGCUGUGGCUAUUCCCGCAAGAACGACUUCACAGACCCCAUCGUCCCAGCUCUGGCCCUUCCACCAGACGCUCAAGACUCGCAGCUCAAGGCAGCCAUCAAGCAAAAGAAACAUGCUUUGAUUCGAGGAGCUGACAUUUCAGAUAUUGAUGUGCAGAUCCCUGAGCUCAAGCACGAAGAUCUUCCGCAAUGCCCGUCUUGCAAGAAGAACCUGCUUCGUCCGGGAGUGGUAUGGUUCGGCGAGUCGCUACCGGAAGACGUGAUACGUGAUGUGAACGAAUACUUUGAGCGGCCCGAGAAGAUCGACCUCAUGCUGGUGAUUGGUACGAGCGCCAAAGUGUACCCAGCUGCGGGCUACACAAACAUAGCCAGAGCCAAGGGUGCUCGAGUGGCGGUCAUCAACAUGGACAGUAGCGAUGCACGAGAGCUCACAAAGCAGGAUUGGUUCUUUGAGGGAGAUGCAGCCGUCAUAGUCCCCGAGAUUCUGAAGACCGUGAUUGGGGAGGUCGGCGAGUUCGAGGAAACGAAGGGACCAGUGCUAUGA